AUGAUUAGUUGUAGCAUGACUCAUCUCUCAUCAGUUCUUCUCUCCACUCCCAUUUCUACUCUACUAUUCAAACAUAGAAUUGAUACCCAUCCUUUACAACAAAAUCUUCUUUUUACACCCCCACAGCCACAAUUCAACACCACCCACCUCAAAUUACCACCAUCCAUAUCUUAUUCUAAAAUAUGGAGAAACAAGGUUUCAUUCUUCCAAGAUUUUCUCACUGGAGGAGACAGAGAAAGGAAUAUUCAGAGCCUCAAAGAUGAACUCUAUGAAACAAUUGCACCACUUGACCGUGGGGCUGAGGCUACUUCUGAAGACCUACAACGUGUGGACAAGAUUGCUAGUAAACUUGAAGCUAUGAAUUCUGUUAAGGAGCCUCUCAACUCUGAUUUGCUCAAUGGAAAAUGGGAGCUUUUGUAUACAACAUCUCAAUCAAUUUUGCAAACUAAGAGACCGAAAUUCUUGCGACCAAAUGGAAAGAUCUAUCAGGCAAUUAAUGCAGAUACAUUAAGAGCUCAAAAUAUAGAAACUUGGCCGUUCUUCAACCAGGCCACUGCCAAUUUAGUGCCACUUAACUCAAGAAAAGUGGCUGUCAAGUUUGACUUCUUCAAGAUUGCUAGUUUGAUACCUAUAAAAUCACCUGGGAGUGGUCGUGGCGAAUUGGAAAUUACUUAUUUGGAUCAAGAUUUAAGAAUAUCAAGAGGUAAUAGAGGCAACCUGUUUAUAUUGAAAAUGGUAGAUCCAUCUUAUAGAGUCCCUAAUUGA